AUGUUUAAAAAUUUGUUCCGUCCUCGUCGAUCGAACAAGGAAAACGAAAAUCAGCAUGAACGACGUGAAGUGGAACGUCAUGCUAAUGAAUUCGAACGAAACUCAUAUACUUCUAAAUCCCUGAAAAAUUCCCGUGAAAAGCGAUCUUAUCACGUAGGCAAUCAAAAUCGCCGUGGAACUGCGGGAAUAGGCCUUGACGAGAGCGUCCCGUCAGCCACAGCAUCUUACCAUGGAAUCUCUCAUCGAAAGUACCCUCGUGGUACUCAAUCCUGUUAUGAUUCUAUUAAUGAGAGUUUCGACCGUUUUUCAAACAACAAUCGGUCUUUCGUUGCUUUAAAUCAUCCAAAGUAUAGGGAACUCCGCGCUGAGUUGCGAGUAACAAAUGAGCGUAAAAAUUAUUACAAAGACUUAUACAAGCGUGAACGACAAGAUCGGAUACGUGAUCGUGAAUUGCGCGAUUUGGUUGAAAAAAAACUAAUGGACGAUUUGAAAAGGAAAAAUAUGGAAUGUUCUAGUAACCUGCUUCGAAUUAAGGCAUUAGAGAAAAAACUGCAACUGCAUCAAACUAGUUUUCCACCUACAAUUCGAGAAUCACCUUUUCGAGUUCCACACUUUUGCACACCUUCCACGUCUAACACGGCUUCAACGAUGGCAGGAGCAGGUGAAGCUUUAUCGAGUACGUCCGAAUUGUUUGGAAUUCAAGCUGCUUAUCUUACCAAUCCCUUAGCCAACGAAGCAGGUACAGCAGCUCUCGUUAAUCUACCGAUCAACUGCGACGAAAUGCCAGAUGAAACGAAGGUUUUCCGGCAACCUGAUGAUUUUACAGUAGAGUUAGCAAGAAAUACUAGUAAAAUCAAAAGAAAAUCUGUGGAUCAUUGCGAUGGCGGCAGUAAUCAGGAUGAAAUUUCAUCGAAUUCUUUGCAUUUAGCUGUGGAUAGCAAGGAAUACUGCAAUGGAACGAUACUAGAAGAAGAUCCACAGUCAGACAAUGGUUAUGGAACCACUUCAGAAUGUGCUUCAGAACGUGUACGUGGGAUACAUAGAACACAUGGUAGUUACGAUGCUUCGUCGAGCACUUAA